CUAGAUAUCAUGUAAAUCAUCUCUUACAGGUUCUCUCAUAUCUGGCUUUAUGGCUAACAGAGUCGGACGCAAGCCAUGCCUGCUUUAUACAUCUAGUUUCAACAUUCUCGGCUAUGCUAUCAUGGCUAAUGCUGUCAAUGUCAGUACUAUGAGGGUUGGAAGGUUUGUUGCUGGCAUGGCUGCUGGCUCCAUUGCUGUGAUCAACGUGGUUUAUCUUGGUGAGAUUGCUUCACCAGAAAUCCGAGGUGCCCUAAUAGCCAUGGCCGGCAUCAUGCAUGUAUUUGGAAACUUACUAGUGUGUUCCCUGGGCCCGUAUGUGUCUAUAGGAGUGCUAUGCUAUGUUUGCGUCACUAUCAGCUGUGUGCAUGUACUGGUAUUGUGUUAUGUGCCGGAAUCUCAUGUGUACCAAGUGAUGAAAGGUAAACAUAAUGAAGCACGACUCACUCUACAUGAUCUAGGAAGAAGUGAAGACAUCGAGGAAGAAUUAAAAUUCAUUUGUAAACACAGCAACGAACUGCUGCUACCAGUACUACCACAGACAAAAGACAGUCACGGAAAAGUAGCAACAAGAUGGUUAAUAAAACUUGAGAGGAAGAAUAUAAGAGGCUUUUUUAUAACGUCCGUUCUUCUCUGUCUGCAAGCUACUAAGGGAAGGAUAGCAGUGAUUAACCUUGCAGCUGUGAUUUUUAAAAGUUCGUUUUCUUCAGUGGAUCCUGAUGUGGGGAAUGUUGUACUUGGAUUAACAGAGUUGUGUGGGGUGGUCAUGACCCCUUUGCUGGUUGAGCAAUGUGGCCGACGGAUCAUGUUGAUGAUGUCCCUUGGUUUUUGCUGUUUGUUUAUGGUGUAUGCAUCGUACCAAACAUCUUAAGCAGUGAGAUGUACAGCCCGCCCUUCAGAAGCACCUGCUGUUCCAUCUCCAUGAGCUUGGCGUGGUUGGUACUCCUGUACAGCUGGAAGUUCGAACAUCUUGCCACAGAGGCCUUUACCCCCGGAAUCUACUUCGUCUGUGCCGGUGUCAACGCAAUGGGCCUCUUUUUUGUCAUAUUCGUCGUGCCUGAAACGAUGGGGAAGAGUUUGAAAGAGAUUGGGAAUUCGCUUGAACGUCAUUGUGUUUUUUGAGUCACCUGCUUAU